AUGAACAGAAUAUUUUUACGUAACUCCCUCACACUAGGCACUUUGCGCCUUCAGCCGGUCCUUGCUCGUCGGUACCUUGCCACGACGAGAUUUGUGCUCAACGAAACCAAAUCAACAAAACCACAACCAAAAGGUGAUUUCGAAGGAUGGGACCCGGAGAUCAUUGCCAAAUUAAAUGCUCGUCCUGCUCCAAAGAGCAAAGGAGGACCAAUUGAUGUUGAUGGCACUAACCUUGGAUUUUCUGCAUUACCAAAUACAAUUGUUACGAUUCUCAAGCUCAUGGUUGCCGGGGUCGCUACUUUGCUCUUGGUGAAAACAUAUGUUAAUAGCAAAAAGAAUAAGCAUUUCAAGAAAGAACAAGAUGAUGAAAAAGAUGCUAUCAGACCAGGGUUUCCUACUGCUCCAAGUGGUGUGACACGGAAGAGUGAAUAUGAAGGUGCGGGGAACAGUUAUGUGACGAGAAAAUCUGGUGAUAAAUUGACACGUUGA